UAUAUCCCUCUUCCCAAGCUGGAGGAUAAAAAUAUCCAUUUCGCUCCACCCGCAGGCGAUUUAAGGUGAGCCAUCGGCCGGAGAUCCCGAAUCCCCGUUUUUAGGCAAUAUCAUGAAGGCGUGCACCAUUAGCAAACGCAGGUCGUCCGCCAAAUCAAGAAAACAAAAACCCUCGAAAUAGAGGGAGAGGGAAAUCAAGACAUAAGGUUCCUUCCCUCCUCACUCUCCUCUCUCUUGGCGCCAUCUCUCUGUCACGAUGUUGCAGAACAAGUCUUUCGUUAAGAAGACCAAGCAUGGCAGAGUAAUGAAGGUUGUCAGGGAGCAUUACCUCAGGGAUGAUAUCUAUUGUGGAGUAAAGGUUUGCAAAACCUGCGAUUCUUCGGCUGCUGUCUUGAGCUCUUCAGAUUUUCCCAUUCUUAUUGUUGACACGAAUGUCAUUCUUAACCAGAUCGAUUUGCUGGAGAAUCCGGCUAUUAAGGACGUGGUAUUGUUAUCGGUGGUACUAGAAGAGGUGAAGAACAAAAAUAUUGGGGUUUAUAACAGGGUUAGGGCAAUUUGCAGUAACCCUUCGAAAAACUUCUUUGUAUUCUCCAAUGAGCAUCACAAAGACACUUAUGUGAAGGCAAUGACAGGGGAAAGUCCUAAUGAUCGAAAUGAUAGGGCAAUUCGUGUGGCUACACUUUGGUACCAGAACCAUCUAGGUCCGAGUUCGCGAGUAUUGCUUGUUACAAAUGACAAAGAAAAUAAGAGGAAGGCCACUGAGGAAGGAAUCAUUGCAGAAACAGUGGAAGCAUAUAUAAAGUCUCUUGAGCGGCCGGAUUUGCUUGACUUGGUUGCACCUAGUACUUGCUCAGAAGAUGUUGACAUGGGUGAAGUUGAAGAUUUGAGACCAUCAAAGAAGAAAGUCAUUUAUCUUGAGCACAAGCCUAUGUCAGAGAUCACGAAAGGGUUACACCGUGGCAUUUAUCAUCAAGGGAAACUUCGUGUGAAUCGGUAUAAUCCUUUUGAAGCAUAUGUUGGAAGUGAGAGCAUUGGAGAUGAAAUUGUAAUAUGUGGCCGGGCGAACAUGAAUAGAGCUUUUGAUGGUGACAUUGUUGCUGUGGAGCUCUUGCCCCAAGAACAGUGGCACGAAGGGAAAUCCUCAAGUAUAGUGGAAGAUGAGGAUGAAGAAGAAGAUGUGCAUUUGGUUCCUGCUAGUUCUGAUGUUGCUCCCAGCAACAGGCACAUAGAGCCCAGUUCUGGGGAAGUGGUGAAUCCUUCUCCUUGCCAUCCUUUGGGACGUGUUGUUGGAAUUAUAAAGCGAAAUUGGCAUGCUUAUUGUGGCUCCUUGGAACCAAUGCCAUUGCCUGCAGGUACUGGUGGUGUGGCUCAUGCUUUAUUUGUUUCCAAAGAUCGAAGAAUUCCAAAAAUCAGGAUUCAAACUCGGCAGCUUGGAAAUCUACUAGACAAGAGGAUUAUUGUUUCUGUUGAUUCUUGGGAUUGUUUAUCUCGGUACCCAACUGGUCAUUAUGUACGUACUAUUGGUGAUAUAGGAGACCGUGAUACUGAAACUGAGGUUGUGUUGAUUGAGAAUGACAUUGAUUCGAGACCAUUUUCUCAACAAGUUUUGAGUUGCCUGCCACCACUGCCGUGGAAUUUGUCAGAUGCUGAUUUGGAAAAUCCAAAUAGAGAAGAUUUGCGGCAUGUGCGAGUCUUCAGUGUUGAUCCACCUGGGUGCAAGGAUAUUGAUGAUGCAUUGCAUUGCACAAGCCUUCCAAAUGGAAAUUAUGAAGUGGGAGUUCAUAUUGCUGAUGUCACAAAUUUCGUUUUUCCUGGUACCCCACUUGAUGAGGAGGCGGCUCAAAGGGGCACUUCUGUUUAUCUUGUUGAGCGCAGAAUUGAUAUGCUCCCAAAACCUCUUACUGAAGAUAUAUGUUCCCUUCGAUCUGAUGUGGAGAGGCUGGCCUUUUCGGUUAUUUGGGAAAUGACACCAGAAGCUGACAUUAUUUCAUCGAGGUAUACAAAAAGUGUCAUAAAAUCAUGUGCUGCAUUGUCUUAUAUUGAAGCUCAAGCUCGAAUGGAUGAUAGUCGCUUGAUGGAUCCACUUACUGUUGACAUCCGCAAUUUAAAUUCAUUGGCGAAGAUUAUGAGGCAAAGGCGUAUAGAAAGAGGAGCUUUAACACUUGCAUCGGCAGAGGUUAAGUUUCAAAUUGAUACUGAAACUCACGAUCCUCUUGACAUUGGAAUGUACCAAAUUCGGGAGGCCAAUCAAAUGAUUGAAGAAUUUAUGCUUGCUGCGAAUGUGUCAGUUGCUGAGAAAAUUUUAAAGCAUUUUCCUCUAUGCUCCUUACUGAGGCGCCAUCCAACUCCAACUCCCGAGAUGCUUGAACCCUUGUUGAGAACAACAACUUCUAUAGGUCUGAAUAUAGAUGUGUCAUCUUCAAAAGCUUUUGCUGAUUCUCUUGAUCACGCAGUGGGUGAAGAUCCAUACUUCAAUAAGCUAAUUCGGAUCCUUGCAACAAGAUGCAUGACACAGGCAGUCUAUUUCUGCAGUGGAGACCUAAACCCUUCUGAAUUUCAUCACUAUGGUCUUGCAGCGCCACUUUAUACUCAUUUCACAUCUCCAAUACGCCGCUAUGCAGAUGUAAUUGUCCACAGGUUACUUGCAGCAGCUCUAGGAAUUGCCAAACUACCGCCAGUUUUCCAAGACAAACUCCAGCUCACCAGUAUCGCUGAUAAUUUAAAUUAUCGGCAUCGCAAUGCCCAGAUGGCAGGUCGUGCAUCGGUUGAGCUCCAUACACUUAUCUAUUUCAGAAAACGGCCCGCAGAUACAGAAGCCAGAGUAAUCAAGAUACGUGCUAAUGGCUUUAUUGUGUUUGUGCCAAAGUAUGGUAUAGAAGGUCCCGUGUACUUAACUCACAACGGACAAUCAGGUGAUGGAAAAAGAAGGACGGGUGGGGAAGGAUGGGUUGUGGAUGAGAAUCAUCAGCAGGUGAAAAACAUAAACUCAGGCAAGAGUUACAGAGUUUUACAGAAGGUAGACAUCCACAUCGAGGUUGUUGAGCCGCAACCAAACAGGCCGAAGCUGGAACUCACACUCCUGGAAAAGUAAUGUUACCGGCCUUUCUAUAUGUAACUUGUGUAUAUUUACCCCAGGUCCUUUUGUUAUUUUCAGCGAUGUUUAUUUUCUUUAGUUGUUUCCUUUGUCAAGAACCGGCAGUCUAUGUGAUCAUAACAGCCAUGGAUUGGCUAAAAUAUUGGAAUUUAAUUGUUGCAAAUUCUUUUUU